AUGGCUGUCUUGUCGGAGUUUACUACAGCCUUGAACCACGGCGAUGCUUUGAUUGCAAUUACAGCCUCGUCAAUAAUUGUCUCGAUGACUUUAUUCAGAGCAGUGGUAUCUCUCAGAGCUUGCACAUCGAAGCUUAGAAGCUGUCCCAACGGAUUCAAGCAAGCAUCCACAACCAAUCUCUCCACUUGUAAUUUGAACAAAUCUUUGAAUGGACAGUAUUGA